AUGAGUUUAACAGGGCGAUAUCGUACAAGUAUCUUGGAUAAACCGUUGAGCAAAGGAAAGGGCGAAGUCUCGCUGAGUUGUUUCGCGUUGCUUUUCUCCGAAGUGGUGCAAUAUUGUCAAAAUAAAUCGCAAACUGUGCCUGAAUUGCAGAACAGAUUGCACGACUUGGGAAAACGCAUAGGAGUGAAACUCAUCGAUCUCUAUUUCAUGAGAGAACGCGGUGGAAAAAGGGAGAUCAAAUUGUUGAACAUACUCCUAUUCGUCAAAUCCACCUUGUGGAAAGCUUUAUUCGGAAAGGAAGCGGAUAAAUUGGAGCACUCGAACGAUGAUGAAAAACACGUAUUACCUAAUGGAGAAAGAACCGAUUGUGAAUCGAUUUAUAUCCGUACCGAGAGAUAAAAGUAGCUUGAAUUGCGCUGUUUUGAUAGCAGGAAUCGUUGAAGCUGUUUUGACUGGUACCGGAUUUCCCGCUAAAGUAACAGCCCAUUGGCACAAAGGCACUACUUAUAUGGUCAAGUUUGAUGAAGCAAUUGUAUCGAGAGACAAGAGUUUAGAAGAGAGAUAA